AUGCUCUCCCAGCUGGAGUCGGUGUUCACGCGGGACUGCCUGGCGGACUCUCUGGACAGGAUGAAUCUGAACAGUCUGGGUCGGAUCUGCGGCUCCAGCCACAGCAACGACAUGGUGGUGCUGGACCGGGUCAAGCGGAAGAACUCUGUGCGCCGCAUGUCCAUCAUUGAAGACGGGCAGAUCGCAGAAGUGCUGUACCUGAUCCCCAAACAGUCUCUGAUGGGACAGAUGCCCUUCAUCGACCCCAGCAACUACGUCCUGUGUGAGAAGCUGGCCAGCAUCCCGGCAGAGAUGUCCGUGAUGCACACUCAGGACAGCUCUAACCUGAACACGGCGGCCAUGGAGAAGAGGAGCCUGGAGUGUCACCGCUGUGGAGAACCCUGCAAGGGACAAGUGCUGCGCGUCCAGAACAGCUACUUCCACAUCAAGUGCUUCAUCUGCAAAGUGUGCGGCUGUGACCUGUGUCAGUCCGGUUUCUUCGUCAAGAACGGAGACUGCCUGUGCCCCGUGGACUUCCGGCGGCUCCACGGCACCACCUGCACCAACUGCGGGGACUUCGUGGAGGGGGAGGUGGUCAGCGUCCUGGGGAAGAACUACCACCCGGCCUGCUUCGUCUGCACCAUUUGCACACAACCUUUUCCAGCUGGAGAUUGUGUGACGUUCAGUGGAAAAGAGUGUAUCUGCCAGAGAUGCCUGCGUCCGCGGUCUCCCAAGUCUCCCAACGACAAGCCCAAACUCUCCAGCAACUGCAGCGGCUGUGGCAGAGAAAUCAAGAAUGGCCAGGCUCUGGUGGCCUUAGGGAGGCACUGGCACCUGGGCUGCUUCAAGUGCAAAUCCUGCCGCCGCAUCCUGAGCGGGGAGUACAUCAGCAAAGAUGGAGUUCCGUAUUGUGAGAAAGACUACCAGCUUCAGUAUGGAGUCCAGUGUGAAGCCUGUCAGAAAUUUAUCACCGGUAAAGUUUUGGAGGCGGGAGACAAGCACUACCACCCCAGCUGCGCGAGGUGCUGUCGCUGCCACAAAAUCUUCACCGAAGGAGACGAAAUGUAUCUCCAAGGCACAUCCAUUUGGCAUCCGGACUGCAGACGCGGCAGCCGCAGCGAGGACAGCUCUAUGCCCACGCCGUCGUCCUCGGACAGCUCGUGCUCGCGGCCUGGCUCCUGCACUCCCGGCAGUCCCGGUCGCUCCCUCUGUGCAAAAGUAGAUAAUGAGAUCAUUGAUUACCGAGACUUAGCGGCAAUUCCCAGAGUCAAGGCUAUAUAUGAAAUAGAGCAUCCAGAUAUGAUAUCGUAUAAAUGUGCCAACGACUCGUGUGGUUCGGACGCCAAAGGCAGAGGACGGCACAGUGUCAGCCCUCGCGAGUCUCCCGCCAAUAUGUCAGUAAGCACAGAAGACAGUGAUGAACUGAGGAGACACAUCCCAAAAUCGUCAACGCAGCAAUCUUUCGGAGCGUAUGCCUCGCACAACCGCCACAGUUUCACUCCGUCCCGAUCUCCUCAGCACUUCCACAGACCGGGACUGGCAGUUUUCCGCUCUCUGCACUCUGCCCACAAUGGCCCCAUGCCCCCUCUCAGUCACAGCUCUGUGUCUCCUCACAAAGAUCAAGUCUACAACAUGUACUCCAGACCUCCUAUUUACAGGCAACACGACUUGAGCUUGACGAGCCAGACCUGCUCUCUGCCAGGGUACGCCCAGAACGGCCUCAAUCCGCAGCAAAUGGUGGCUGAUUACUCGCAGUACAACGGCAACAUAGACAGAGAUUAUAAGCUCCUCUGUGGCUCUCCGAUUGCACGGAUGGGCAGAGGAAUGUCUUUGCCUAAUUUGCUGCAGCCAAAAAUUUAUCCAUAUGAAAUACUCACUGUGAGCAGCAGGGGGCGAUUGAAACUUCCCAGAGACGUAGACAGGACAUGUCUUGAGCGGCAUUUGUCUCCGGACUCUUUCUUCGACCUGUUUGGGAUGGAGCUCCACGAUUUUGACAGACUCCCUCUUUGGAAACGGAACGAAAUGAAGAAAAAAGCAGAUCUUUUCUGA